AUGGGUAUUUCUCGCGACUCUCGUCACAAAAGAAGAGCAAGCGGCGGCGCUCGCGUCAUCCACCAGAAGAAGCGCAAGUACGAGCUCGGUCGACCGGCUGCGAAAACGAAGCUUGGAGUGAAGCGCGUUCACACCGUACGCACGCGCGGCGGCAACACAAAAUUCCGCGCACUGCGCGUCGACAGCGGCGCCUUCACGUGGUCCAGCGAACAGCUUUCCGUGAAAACGAAGAUCAUGAACAUCGUCUACAACGCGACUUCCAAUGAAUUCGUGCGCACCAACACCAUCACGAAGGGCGCCGUCGUGUAUGUCGACGCGAGCCCGUUUAAGAACUUGCUGAUCUCGCGAUACGGAUUAGACUUCGGUAAGACCGCGGACCAGAGCGAGAAGAUAUCCAAGCUUACCGAACAGAAACGCGCGAGUCGUGCGGAGAACGUGGAGCUCGACAACUCGAUCACGGAUCAGAUCCGCUCGGGCCGCAUCCUCGCGAUCAUCACUACGCGACCGGGCCAGGUUGGCGUUGCCAACGGGUACAUCCUCGAAGGCGAAGAGCUCGACUUUUACAAGAAGAAGCUAGACAAAAAGCGCAAGCACUAA